CGCCAACUGUGUGCCUCGCGCUCUGACAUAGUGUCUUCAGUUCAGACCAGGAAAGGAUCGGCGGCGCCACCUGUGUGCAAGGCCAGGCCUUGGACCGAAACCAGCAAACACGGGGUGCCUACUUUGUGCACCAUUACGGGGUGCAGAGUAUUAUAAACCCAGACCAAGAAAGGAUGGGUGCCAACGGUGUGGUUGGCCGGGACGCCGAGUUACCAGACCCAAACCAGCAAACAGCGCACCGAGUGGUUGUCCCAUGCUCUGCGAGAUCCUAGGAUGUGAAUGGUCCUCAGGAUCUGGGAAUUGUGAGCUUUGGAGGCAGGUAAAUACUGAGAGCCUCCAUGUGCACUUGCUAGGAGUUGGAAAGGAAGCCUCAGAGAAUUCAGGGCCAUGGCACAGAGUUGAUGCUGGGGGGAUACAGACCCAAGAAUGCUCUUGGAAGGAUGAGAUGAGUAUACACAUAAUUAGAGUGCAAGCUGAAAGUAGGCUGGACCAGUGGUAUGUGGCUGAGGCUUUGAGUCCUGCAACUCCCCAGGAGGUCUCAGCUGUGUCUCUUAACAUCUUGGAGGAUCAGCUCUCUCACCACGAAAUGUGUAAUCCUCCCCACAUCUGGGAAGGUUAAGUUUCAGGAAUACUCGUUGGUAAGGGAUGUAGAAAUUAUAGAAUUAUAGAAAAGGGAAACAGGAAAGAUGACCUCAGCUGGUGUUCAGUGCUGUGACGGGUGAUGGAUGUGGAAGGCCAGGGUCAUUGGUGGCUCCCUCUGGGAGGCUAACAGGAUGGUGUGAGGCCUGCUUUCUCUCUAGGUUCAUGGACUUCCUCAGUGUUUGAAUUUUCACUACAAGAAUGUGUUCCUGUAUUGAGUGAUGAAGAAGGAAUGGACAAUCAGACUGUCCUAGCUGUCCAGUCACUGUUGGAUGGCCAAGGAGCAGUUCCUGAUCCAACAGGCCAGAGCGUCAAUGCACCCCCUGCUAUCCAGCCACUGGAUCUCCACGUACAUUACCGUGCCCCCAUCCCCACUGAUCCAGACCCUGGUGCAGGGGAACAUCUUGGUAAGCGAUGACGUGCUCAUGUCUGCCAUGUCAGCCUUCACAUCCCUGGACCAGCCCAUGCCCCAGGGCCCCCCGCCUGUGCAGAGUAGCCUGAACAUGCAUUCCGCGCCGAGCUACCUCACCCAGCCUCCACCUCCUCCUCCACCCCCUCCACCACUGCCUCCACCUCCACCCCCCCAGCCUCCACCACCCCCAUCCCAGAGCCUGGGUCCCUCCGGGCGUCCCAACCCCGGCGGGAAUGGCGUGGUGGAGGUGUAUAGUGCCACAGCACCCCUGACUGGGAAUGGAACGGUGGAGAUCCAGGCAUUGGGAAUGCAGCCCUACCCACCCCUGGAGGUGCCAAACCAGUGUGUGGAGGCUCCAGUAUACCCCACCCCCCAGGUGUACAGCCCUGGCAAACAAGGAUUCAAACCGAAAGGACCAAACCCUGCUGCCCCCAUGACCAGCGCCACCAGGGGUGCAGUGGCCACCUUUGACUCCCCACCAUCGCUGAAGACCCGACGGACCAAAGGUUCCAGUGGACUCCCAGAAGCUGCAGGGAAGCCAAAGGCUCAGAAACUCAAGUGCUCGUAUUGUGACAAGUCAUUCACCAAAAACUUCGACCUGCAGCAGCACAUCCGAAGCCACACUGGUGAGAAGCCCUUCCAGUGCAUUGCAUGUGGCCGUGCCUUUGCCCAGAAGUCUAAUGUCAAGAAACACAUGCAGACCCACAAGGUGUGGCCUCCAGGACGCAGCGGUGGCACCGUCUCUCGCAACUCUGUGACUGUACAGGUCAUGGCCCUGAACCCCAGCAGGCAAGAGGAUGAGGAUAGCACAGGGUUGGGCCAGACCCUGUCGAGCGCCCCGCAGCCCCAGGCCUUGCCCACAGCAGGCGAGGAGGAGGGGGACAAGCUGGAGGCCAAGCAGGUGGUCCUCAUCGAUAGCUCCUACCUGUGCCAGUUCUGCCCCAGCAAGUUCAGUACCUACUUCCAGCUCAAGUCCCACAUGACCCAGCAUAAGAACGAGCAGGUGUACAAGUGUGUGGUCAAAAGCUGCGCGCAGACAUUCCCGAAGCUCGACACGUUUCUGGAGCACAUCAAGAGCCACCAGGAGGAGCUGAGCUACCGCUGCCACCUCUGUGGCAAGGACUUCCCCUCGCUGUACGACCUGGGUGUGCAUCAGUACUCACACAGCCUCCUGCCCCAGCACAGCCCCAAGAAGGACAGUGCCGUCUACAAGUGUGUCAAAUGCGUCAACAAGUACUCCACCCCCGAGGCGCUGGAGCACCACCUGCAGACCGCCACUCACAACUUCCCCUGCCCGCACUGCCAAAAGGUGUUUCCUUGUGAACGCUACCUGCGGCGUCACCUGCCCACCCACGGCAGUGGGGGCAGGUUCAAGUGCCAGGUGUGCAAGAAGUUCUUCCGGCGGGAGCACUACCUCAAACUGCACGCUCACAUCCACUCAGGUGAGAAGCCCUACAAAUGCUCGGUGUGUGAGUCUGCGUUCAACCGCAAGGACAAACUGAAGAGACACAUGUUGAUCCAUGAGCCAUUCAAGAAAUACAAAUGCCCCUUCUCGACACACACGGGCUGCAGUAAGGAGUUCAACCGGCCAGACAAGCUGAAGGCUCAUAUCCUUUCCCACUCCGGCAUGAAGCUCCACAAGUGCGCCUUGUGCAGCAAGUCCUUCAGCCGCCGUGCCCACCUCGCCGAGCACCAGCGCGCCCACACAGGCAACUACAAGUUCCGCUGUGCCGGCUGCGCCAAGGGCUUUUCCCGCCACAAGUACCUCAAGGACCACCGCUGCCGCCUCGGCCCCCAAAAGGACAAGGACCUGCAAGCCCGGCGGCCCCCCCGGAGGAGGGCAGCCCCCCGCAGCGGCAGCACUGGUGGCCGCAAGGUGGUGACGCCCCUGCCUGACCCGCUGGGGCUGGAGGAGCUGAAGGACACAGGGCCUGGGCCAGUGCCCGAGGCCGCCCCAGGCAAGCCGCCCUUCUCGGAGCCGGAUGCCGUGCUGUCCAUCGUAGUUGGGGGGACGGUAGGGGGCGAACCUGAGCUGGUGGUGCCCGGGCAUGCCGAGGGCCUGGGCUCCAACCUGGCCCUGGCGGAGCUGCAGGCAGGGGCCGAGGGCCCGUGUGCCAUGCUUGCUGUGCCUGUCUACAUCCAGGCCUCGGAGUGAUGGACCCAUGGUGUUUGCUCCCACAUCCUGCCUGAUGCUCACCUUUGGGUCCAGGGCCUCUAGGAGCUGGCUAGAGAUCCUUCCCAGUGGAAGUGAGCCAUUGGUCAAAAUCCUUUUGGAACAUGCUCUGUAAACCCUGGCCCAGGGCCGCCUCGCUGUGUCCCCUGUCCUUCUGGGAAGCCCUGCAGCAUUCUGGGAUCUGAGGCAGCUGAGCCUGAAUGGCCCAGGGUCUGGCUGGUCCAGGCUGGUGGUCAGGCUGCCCAUGAGAGAAGACAGGGCAGUCCCACCCACCCCUCCUCCAGGCUGCCUAGGGGCAGCCUCUAGUUAAGCUGCUCUUCAGGGGCCUGAUAUGGUUGGAGCCCUUACCUGUUAAACCUUUUCACAUGCAGUUCUCCCAGCAUCCCCAGAUGACUCUGUGAUGUAGGCAUGUAGGAGGCACUCGAGUGUUGUGGUUAGAGUUCAGCUGUCAGCCAGAUCUGGCUUCAGAUCCAAGCGCUGACACUUACUUGCUGUGUGACCUUGGAUAAGUCACUUGACCUCUCUGAGCCCUGCAUUCCUCAUCUGUACAAUGGGGCUUAUGACAGUACUACCUCAUAGGGCUGUCAUUGGGAUCCAGUAUGAUGAAAUGUACAAAGAGUUUGGCAUAGAGUUUGGCGUAGUGCCCGGCACUCAGAAAGUGCUCAAUAAAUAUUUUUAUCAACAUG